AUGUAUUCAUGGAAAGAAACUUCAGAUAAUCAAACUACAAGGGCCAAUUUCAUCCUUACUGGGCUCUUCGAACAAACUAAAUAUGCAGCCUUCCUCUACACCCUAAUAUUUGUCUUUUUCUUGAUGGCCCUUACUGGGAAUGUACUUCUCAUCCUGCUGAUCCACAAAGAACCCCGUCUCCAUACUCCAAUGUACUUCUUCAUCAACCAGCUUUCCCUCAUGGACCUCAUGUACAUAUGUGUGACUGUACCUAAGAUGCUCGUGGGUCAGGUCACAGGAGAUAACACCAUCUCUCCCGUAGGGUGUGGGGUUCAGAUGUUUACACAUCUGACUCUCGCUGGAGCUGAGUUUUCUCUCCUGGGUGUCAUGGCUUAUGAUCGAUACGCAGCCAUUUGUAGACCUCUCCACUAUCCACUGCUCAUGAAGCCAAGAAUCUGCCAAAUCCUUGUGUCUGGAUGCUGGUUCUUGGGGAUGUUUGAUGGUUUUGUGUUUUCCCCUCUGACCAUGAGUUUCCCCUAUUGCCACUCAAAGAAAAUCCUGAACUUCUUUUGUGAGGCCCCAGCCCUGCUGAAGCUCUCCUGUUCUGACAUUUCCCUGUAUGAAAUGCUCAUGUACGUGUGCUGUUUUCUCAUGCUCCUCAUUCCCCUCUCCAUCAUCUCCACCUCAUACGGCUUCAUCUUGCUCCUCAUCCACAGGAUGAACUCAGCCAAGGGACACAAAAAAGCCCUUGCGACCUGCUCUUCACACAUGGUGGUUGUGCUACUCUUUUUCAGUGCCUCGAUCUAUAACUACAUGCUACCCAGAUCCUACCACACAGCUAAGCAGGACAUGAGGGUGUCUGCCUUUUACACCAUCAUCACCCCUGUGCUGAACCCUCUCAUUUACAGCCUCCGGAACAAAGAUGUCCUAGGAGCGUUAAGGAACAUGAUGCCAUCAGGAAGAAGACUAAGAAAGGUUGUAAAUGAGAAAACCUAG